AUGGGCGGCCAUUCUUCGGGCAACGCUGCCUACGAUGCGGCUCUACAAAGAAGACAAGCGCUGAUGGGCGCCAGUGGUGCCAGGGCGCUCGUGAAAAACUGGAAAGUCGCUCGCAUUGCAGCCUUCGCCUGCAUUGGAGGUGUUCUCUACGGCUACAAUCAGGGAAUGUUCUCUGGAAUUCUAGCAAUGCCAUCAUUCGAUAAGCACAUGGGCGGAUACACGAGAAACCCUACCCAGAAGGGAUGGCUGACAUCGAUCCUUGAGCUUGGAGCUUGGGUUGGCGCAGUGCUUUCGGGCUUCAUAGCCGAAGUGUGCUCACGAAAAUACGGCGUCCUGAUUGCAACCGGAGUCUUCAUCCUCGGUGUCAUUGUCCAGAUAACAUCCAUCUCGGGAGGUCACGAAUCCAUUCUUGGAGGUCGUUUCAUCACUGGAAUGGGCGUGGGCAGCUUGUCUAUGAUCGUGCCUCUGUACAACUCGGAGUGCGCACCGCCAGAGGUUCGAGGUGCCCUCGUAGCUCUUCAACAACUGGCAAUCACCUUUGGUAUCAUGAUAUCCUUCUGGAUCGAUUAUGGUUGCAACUACAUAGGCGGCACGACAGUCGAGACACAAUCCGAUGCAGCUUGGCUAGUGCCCAUUUGCUUACAACUAGGCCCGGCCGCCAUUCUUUUGGUAGGAAUGAUUUGGAUGCCAUUCUCCCCUCGUUGGCUUAUCCACCACGGCCGCGAGGAGGAAGCGCGUCGGAUUCUUGCCAACCUCCGAGACCUUCCCGAGAAUCAUGAACUUAUUGAGCUCGAGUUCCUUGAAAUCAAGGCCCAGUCUCUGUUUGAGAAGCGCAGUGUUGCGGAGCAGUUUCCUCAUUUACAGCAGCAAACGGCCUGGAAUACCUUCAAGCUUCAAUUUGUUGCCAUGAAAGCUCUGUUUACGACAAAGGCCAUGUUCAAACGUGUCAUUGUUGCCACUGUCACCAUGUUCUUCCAACAAUGGACGGGAAUCAAUGCCAUCUUCAGCCAGCUGGGCCUCAGCCAAAACACCACGAGUCUGCUUGCCACUGGCGUAGUUGGCGUGGUGAUGUUUAUCGCUACCAUUCCGGCCGUCUUGUGGAUUGACAGGGUGGGCCGAAAGCCGGUUCUUAGUAUUGGAGCAAUUGGCAUGGGCACCUGCCACAUCAUCAUCGCCGUCAUCUUGGCUAAGAACAUUGACCGCUUCCACGAGCAGCCUGCAGCUGGCUGGGCUGCUGUCUGCAUGGUCUGGCUUUUCGUAGUUCAUUUUGGAUAUUCGUGGGGUCCCUGCGCUUGGAUCAUUAUCGCUGAAGUUUGGCCCCUGAGCACUCGACCAUAUGGAGUGUCCAUUGGAGCUUCCAGCAACUGGAUGAACAACUUUAUCGUGGGCCAAGUCACUCCCGAUAUGCUCGUUGGUAUUACGUAUGGCACGUACAUCUUAUUUGGGCUGUUGACCUAUUUGGGAGCUGCCUUCAUUUGGUUCUUUGUCCCAGAGACCAAGCGACUAUCACUGGAAGAGAUGGACCUUGUCUUCGGCUCCGAGGGCACCGCUCAAGCCGACUUCGAGCGUAUGGAGGAGAUCAACAUCGAGAUUGGGCUCACUGCCGCGCUGAACCGUGGAUCUCCGACCGGCGGAUUCUCGCAUUCCGGCGACUUGGAGAAGGAGAAGCUGGGUACUGCAGCAGUCUAA